AUGGAUGCGAACUUGCAACUGUAUGCACGCAUACAGUACUUGGAUGAAAAACUCUUAAAGGAAUUUCCCUGCAAACUGAAUUACGAGAAAUUAAUGAGGAAGCAUGUUUUGCUCUUGUUCUCUGUAGCCGUCAUUUAUAUGACGGUAAUAGUACUUGCAGUUUCACGAGCAUCACAUGGCCAGGAAUUUGUAGUAAACCUAUUAGCUGGACUAGCUUAUACGGCAGUGACCGGUGGUCCCCACAUGAAUUGUUAUGCCCAAAUGAAUAUGGCCGAGAUAUUGAGUAUUCGUUUCCGUCUUUUGCAAAAGUUGCUGUCCAAGCAUGUUGUGUGUUCUUCGAGAUUAAGUGUACCGCAGCAAGUGGAUUGUUUGCGUAGCCUCAUCUCCCUUGUGCAAGAGUAUCAUGUCUGUAUACGUCACAUAAACAAGGUGUAUGCCGUGUGCUUAGCAUCGACUCUGUUACAUGAUUUUACUUUGACGACAAGCGAGUUUUACUUAAUAUUUGGUGGCUCCUCAAAGAACACUCAAAGGGAGAAUACUUUGAUUUGGUAUGUGGCAGUUUGCAUGAUUCUGCCCCUUUAUAAGAUGACCAUAGCGCCCAUAUAUUGUGACAAAGCAAUUCGUGAGGGUAAGAAAUGCUUAAAAAUUAUUAUGGACACAGAAUGUUGGUUUCCUCGCAACACUGACGUGCGUCAAAUGGUUUCCUUAUGUUUAAUGUGGCGCAAAGAUAAUACAAUCGAGUUUUUCUGUGGCACUAUGAUUUUUAAUAAACAAAUUAUAGCGGUGGUUUAUUCACAAAUAUUUAACUAUCUUUUAAUUUUAAUACAAUUUCGCAUGACACAAGAAAUGGGCGAUCAAAUUGAGAAGCAAAAGAACACAAUACAGGAGUGGAUUGGUGUGGACUAUGUUUAA